AUGGACUAUGGUCACAAUGACUGUGAACCAAGAAGAAGUGGAUCUUUUAGUCGAAUCAGCAUUUCAGAAGCAGGAGAUAUUGGAGAUAGAGCACUUCAUAGUAAAAGACAUAGUGGAAAUGAAAGUGGAAGACCUGUGUUCCCUUUUGAAGAAAAUCUUGUACUUCCCAUUCAAGAACAUUCUUUUAAAGAAUCACACCUCCCAACUCCAUCUCCCUCUUCACCAGAUGCAAUAUUACAUGACAAAGGCCAGAAUCAAGAUUGUAAAAAAGAGCUUCCAUGGUUCAUGACAUAUAUCUCAUCCCGUGUUCAUCUAGCUGUACUUGGCAUUCUUGGGGUAUUGACAAGGUACCUACUAGAAAAACUAUUUGGUCCUCAAGUGGUAGGUGCUACAAGUGACAAUAGCUAUAUGUAUGUAGACCUUCCUCCCAAUAUGAUUGGUUCUUUCUUGAUGGGUUGGUUUGGUGUUGUUUUCAAAGGAGAUAUCUCCAAAUUCUCCCCUGAGCUGGCAGUUGGGUUGACCACAGGUUACUUAGGGAGUCUGACCACAUUCAGUGGCUGGAAUCAGAAAAUGCUCGAGCUUAGUGUCAAUGGUCAAUGGGCUUUCUCUUUUCUUGGAUUUCUUCUAGGCUUGUUUCUUGUUGCAUAUUCAUUCAUAUUCGGGGUGGAGACAGCAAAGGGUGUGAAAUGGGUUUUUAACAAAACAAAUCUAAAUUCCAAAUGUGGGUUUGAAUUAAAGAACAACAUUAUAAGUGAAAGUAUACUGAUACUUUUGAUGAUUACAUUACUGGGGUUACUAUGGGGUGUGAGUAUAGCAUUAUUAAAAAGGGAUUUUGAGAGUGACAAAAGUACAAGUCAUUUAUGGUUAGGUUGUAUAGUUGGACCAAUUGGUGUAUGGAUCAGAUUCUAUUUAGCAAAAUUCAAUGGAAAAGGCUUAGGAGGAAAACACAUCAUGAAAUGGAUGCCUUUUGGGACAUUGAUUGCAAAUGUAUCAGCCUCCUGCAUCAUGGCAGCCUUUGCAACCAUGAAAAAAGCUGUGAAGAAUGAACAUUUUGGUAUUGUGGCAACAGGGAUACAGUUUGGGUUAUGUGGUUGUUUGAGUACAGUUUCAACUUUCAUUGCCGAAUUUGGAGCAAUGAGAGAGAGUGUGGAUCCUUGGAAAGCGUAUGUGUAUGCAUUCACAACUAUGAUUGUUUCAUUUGGUUUGGGGACCUUCAUUUACUCGGUUCCUGUAUGGGCCAAAGGUUGGUCAUAGUCACAAAUUCAACACAUAACCAAAUUAUAUGACCUAACCAUAGAACCAAUCAUGUAGUUGGAAGUUGAAGCUUGUAAGUAUGAUGACUAAUUAUUAUGUGUGAUUGUAGUAACAUUGAACCCUGAAACAGUUGGUUGAGGGGCAUCUUUCCAACAAAUCCUGAUACUGUUAGGUUAUAGGCCAUUUGGUAGAAGAAUUGUCUUGGGUAU